CAAGCCAUGUCUGCUCCCAAGCACCAGUCAUGAGCGGAGCGCUAGCAUGUCUGCAUCUGCGGGUGGAUGAGGUGUGACUGAUCUCGCUCGUCGAUAUAUAUUGUGUGGAUCCGACGCUUCAGAGGAUUCCGUAGCGCAAUGUAUUCCCAUCAUGGUUGUCCGUCAGUUCGCACACUCGCGACGCGUGGCCAUCCAAGUAAUCAUCCGCAGCCCCCCUAUUACUUCUCCAUCAAGCCAAUGAGACAGUCGAGCAAUGCCACAAUGCGCACAUCGCGUUCCGGGCUGUGGAUCCCUCCCAAAGCGCAUCGGAGCAACACCGGGUACGAGCCGCUGCUCUUCUUCCACGACGGCCACGCUACUAGUACAGUCACCCAGUUGCCUCUGUCCGUCUAUACGUACAGCACGUGGUCCAUCUACCACCACAGCGGCGUCAUCUGGACGCUCGACUACGACGCAACUACAACCGCCGUGCACGACGGACGAGACACCCCCUACCCCCAGAGCACCAGCGUCUCCCAACCACACGAACAAGUCGCCCACCUCCGCGACGAUUGGGCCUCGCUAUCCUUCAACCACCUCGACAACCUCGUCUCCUUCGCCGGGCGCAAGCUCAGCCAGCAGACGCUGCGCAUCCGCGGCCCCAACCAACACUGGGCCCUGCAGAUCCUCCCCGACCGCUACGCAGCGUCGGAACAUACGCAGUCGGACGCGCUCGGCGGCCUCAUCGGCGAGCUGCCGCUGCUGAUCGGUUUGAUGGCUUUGUCGAUCCCUGAGGCGCAUCUGCGCAUUGCUCUGCCGCAGUUGAUGGAACACCCGUGGCAGCCGCUGCCCCCUAGCGCGUUGAGUCGCGGCGCGGGAUGUACGCACCUUCUUCUACCAGCCCCAAUGUUCCGUACCUUGAGCGUCGGGUGUAAACGUUUGACUAACGACAGCUUGCGUGAUUAGGGAUCGACGGACGUGGCUUGGUCGUCACCGUCUACACGGAUCCUCCACGAUCCUCCCCGAACGACUUGCACAGGUACGAGAUGGGCUAUUGGGGCACGAUCCUGCGCUAGGAUGGCGGGUGGUCCUUUGCUUGGCUAUACCCCGGUGGGCGUUUUUUGAAAAGCUUCCUCUGCUGGUGAAACAAAGUGCUACGCGUACAAGCGAAUGUGAACACGACCUAUGUGAACGAAAGAGAACGACAGAUUCAACUACAAUGGACGGACGACAUUGACAAAGAGAAUGGAAUACAGAUCCACAGGUCGAUUUUCA